GGAUGUGAGAUAAGGGUGUUGGGCAGUAUGGCAAUCGGAUCGAGUGAGGUGUGAGUAAAGAGUGUUUGGAUCGAAUGACAGUUCUUCGAAAUGAGAAUGCAUGUGUCUACGAAUCGGUGAUCGAAUGUGACCGUGUGUGAAUUUAAGAAACCAAGAGCGUCGCGAGGGUGGAAUGAAAAAGUUAGUUGUGCGUCAGCAUCCACAGAGUACAGUUAAAAAGUAAGAAGUAAGGUUAGGAAAAAGUUGCACAGUGAAAAUUGUGAUUAAAAAUUAAUUUAAUCAUUAAUGAAAAAGAUGAGUGAAGAAUCAACGAACAAUCAAAACGCAAUAACCAUGAUCCUGCAAUUGCAGCAGCAGCUGCAGCAGUUGCAACAGCAGCAGCAGCAGCUACAGCAGCAGCAGGAACAGCUACAGGAGCAGCUGCAACAACAGCAGCAACAACAGCAGCAGGAGGAAGCUGAUCUAAUAAAUGCGCAGCCGCAGCGCGAAAGAAGAACGGCUGUAGGGACGUGGCGGCACCCCUUCCGCGUGAGAUGGCGACGCGGCGGCAGGGGCGGCCGCGAUACGCACUAUUAUAUAAAUUUCAGAUAAAAAGAAAUAAAUAAAAAUAAUUAAAAGCUAA